AUGACAUCGGUGACCAUUUCCCGCACAUGCUUCCUAGUUGUAGUCCUCUGCACAACCAUUUUAGCCUCUUCACUCUCAGAAAAAUGCAACCCACAAGACAAAAAAGCACUCCUCCAAAUCAAGAAAGAGUUGGGCGACCCAAACACGUACGAUACAUGGGACCCAAACACGGACUGCUGCGGCAUCUGGUACGGCGUGGCGUGCGAUCCCAAAAACAACCACCGUGUGGACUACCUUUUCUUCACCGAGCUCAACCUGUCCAAACCCUAUCCCAUUCCUUCCGCAAUAGGUGACCUUCCUUACCUCGACAUGCUUCAAAUAAACCAAGUCCCCAACCUCACUGGUCCAAUCCCUCAAGCCCUCUCCAAGCUCACAAAACUUCAGUUCCUCACCAUCUCCCAAACCAACGUCUACGGCGAAAUUCCAGAGUUUUUGUCCCAGUUAAAGAACCUUUUCAACAUCGACCUCUCCUACAACAAACUUUCUGGCCAAAUCCCUUCCUCUCUCUCACGCCUUAGCAAGCUCGAGGGAAUCAGCUUAGACGGCAACACCCUCACCGGCUCAAUCCCUCCCUCCUUUGGUUACUUCUCCUACCAAAUGAGAUAUCUCACUCUCUCGCGUAACCAACUCUCUGGGACAAUCCCUGCGUCCUUGGGGAGACUGAACCUUCUCGGUGUUGACUUCUCUUGGAAUAUGCUACAAGGCGAUGCUUCCAUGCUUUUCGGGUCUAACAAAAGGACUAAUGAGAUAACGCUGUCGAGCAAUUCGCUGUCUUUUGAUAUUGGAAAAGUGGGAUUGCCUUCGAACUUGUGGACGCUGGAUAUAAACAACAAUCGCAUCUUUGGGAGGCUUCCUCGAGGAUUAACGGCGCUCCAGUUUUUGACGAAGCUUAAUGUGAGUCACAAUAGUCUUUAUGGUGAGAUUCCACAGGGUGGCACUUUGCAGGGAUUUGAUGUGUCUUGCUAUGCUCAUAACAAGGGCUUGUGUGGCUCUCCGCUUCCUAGCUGCAAGAAGGGAACCUAA